UCCCACAGCUUCCGAAUAGACAAUACUGAUCACAUCAUCGACGUCAACAAAGGAAACAUCCCCUUUGAGUACGACCAAGUGAACAUCAUCUGUCCCGUGUAUAACAAAGAUACUACAGAGGACGAUGCUGAGAAGUACAUCAUCUAUAACGUGAGCAAGGAGGAGUACGACACGUGUAGGAUCACCAACCCCUCGCCCCGGGUGAUCGCCGUGUGUGACAAGCCAUACAAGCUCAUGUACUUCACCAUCACCUUUCGCUCCUUCACGCCUCAGCCUGGCGGUCUAGAGUUCCGCCCCGGCCAGGACUAUUACUUUAUUUCAACCUCGAGCAAGGACGACCUGCACCGUCGUAUUGGUGGGCGAUGUUCGACGCACCACAUGAAAGUAGUGUUCAAAGUUUGUUGUGAUCCUGCCUCCCAACCAGCUCACGACCAGGCCAACAACCACAUCCCCAACAACGGCCUGCCAGCCACUAGAGGCACCACCACUACUACCACCUCCACCACCAAGUCUACUACCACCACUACUACCCCUAAGACCACCACCACUUCCACUACCACCACCUCCCUCAGCACCACUUCCCUAAAGACCACCUCUCACAAGAGUGCUGACCCUCACACCAUCAAGACCACCACCAAGAAAACAGACACACACCAGCCAGACCGUAGUGAAAAUGAAGUAGUUAAGAAUGAAGAACUAACCCUGAACUCAUCUCCAGGGUCAGCCAGGGUGUCCUUCAUCACAGCAUUCCUCUCCCUCUUUCUUCCGUUCACGGCUACAAGGCUCCUCGCCACACAUUCCUAAGACCAGUAAAAUAGUCUUAUCAGCAUUGUUUAGACAUUGGUAAUACAGAAUAAAGUAUGUCACUGGUGGAAUUAAUGUAGAUUUAUGACUAUUGUCUGGCGAUAACAUUGAAGAAGAGAGGAACUUCCUCAAGAUUAGAAGAGUCGAGGUUAAAAAAAUAUCGCGAAGAAAGGGCGGGAAGUCGUCGCAAAGACGGUCUAGUGUGGUCUUGGCACCAGUAAUUGUGAUGGAUACUUUGGUUUAGCUGGAGAAGUUGAAGAGGAGUUUCAUUCACAUAAAUAUUGAAAGCUAGUGAAUGUAUUGCACAGUGGACUUGUCAAAGGUGUUCAUAUUCACACAAUAGGGUAUAGCCCUGUAUAUACCUUAUUUAUAUGUACAUGUGGUGCGCAUACCUUUUGGACAAAUAUCUGAUGUAUUUCUUGGAAACCAUCACAUGUAGAUCUUGAAGUGUUUUGUAAGUCAAGAACACUGUAUUGUCCAACUUUUUAUUUUCACCCCGAGUGAGUGACGUGUGUGUUGCGACGACGACUCGUGAUUUAUCUGCUCCUGGAAGUUUUUUUUUUGUAUGUAUGAAUGUGUUCAUGUGUUUAUAAUGUAUGUAUGGCCACAGGGUGAGUUGGAUUAGUUUACAUUUGUAUGAGCCAGACUGAUGUGGAAUGUUUAUAAGUGUAUUAAAGUAACAUGGAUCAUUACCAGAGCUUUUGCCCCAGGGGAGUCAGUAACCAUCCUUCAUGGUACUUUUGUAUUCAUCCAUGCCUUGUUCAUCUGGAUCAUUUUUCAUUAUUAUCAUCAUCAUCAUCUGUGUAUGCUUUAGUAUUUGUAUAUAGGUUCGUUAUUUAAUGUAUGUAUUAUGGGUAAACCUCUCUGACAAUUUGUGCCACUGCAGGUCAGCUUUGAGUAUGUUUUAUCAAAGCUCUUUGAAUAGUUAGAUUUCAUUCUUAGAGUUCUUAUGAAUUCAUUAGUUGCCAAUUGUUUGUCAUUCUCAAACUUAGUUUUGUUUGCUUGGAUGGUUUCAGCUGGAAUUUCUACUUCACAUGAUAAGCAAAUUUACUAUAAUUGCAUGUGAUGUUUGAAGUCAAAUUUGAACAAUACUAGUUUUAUUUCAAGCUAAAGCUUCAUGGCUUCCUCCAUCUUUGUCAAGUGUAUCUUGCAUUACACUGUACUAUUUUGCUUUUUUAUUAUACUGUAUCAGAUAUCCUGCAACAAUGACAUUUAUGGCAGGCUUUAUCUGUGCAUAGUUUUGUGGCAACUCAAAUGACAAGAGCCAUUAAUGCUUUCCAUAAAGAUAGUAUGUAAACCUUUUAUUUUUAAUAUAUAU